AUGGCUUCACCAGCAGACAUUGUGUAUGUCGAUGAACUUGCCGGUUCCGACGAGACUGGCAACGGUACCGAAUCGUCUCCUUUCAAGACGGCUCUCAAGGCUGUUGAAAAGGGUGGCGACAAUGCCAAAAUCCAAGUAAAGAAGGAUGCCGAAGGCUACAAGGAUAUCUCGGGUGCCGCUUUGAAGAAGGCCAAAAAGUCCCUUCUUGAACAACAGCGCAAGGCUAAGAAGCUGGAGGAACAAAAGCAAAAGCAAGAAGAAGAACAGGCCAAGAAGGCUGAGGAAGAGGCCAAGGUUCUUGAGCAGGCUAAAUCCAUCGUUUUGACUGAAGAUGAAACCCUUCCCAAGGCUGAUAAGAUCAAAAUUAGACAAGGCGUUGAAUCGCGUGGUAAGCGCGUCAAGGUCUCUGGUUGGGUCCAUCGUCUUCGUGUUCAGGGCAAGGACAUGAUGUUCGUUAUCCUUCGUGACGGCUCUGGCUAUCUCCAGUGUGUGUUGACUGGAAAGCAGUGCCACACCUAUGACGCUAUUACCCUCACCGUCGAAUCCACCAUCACCGUUCACGGUGUCAUUAACGCUCUUCCCGAAGGCAAGACGGCACCUGAUAACCACGAGUUGGUUGUUGACUACUGGUAUGUUGUUGGCAAGGCUCCUGGUGGUGAUGAAGCCUUCAACAACAAAGUCUCUGCCGAUGCUGAUCCCUCGUAUUUGUUGGACAACCGCCACCUUGUUCUCCGUGGUGAGACCGCAUCUGCUGUCUUGAAGGCUCGUGCCGAAGUGAUCAAGGCAUUCCGUGCUCACUACGACUCACGCGGUUACACUGAAGUGACGCCUCCUUGCAUGGUGCAAACCCAGGUCGAAGGUGGUUCCACCCUGUUUGAAUUCAACUACUAUGGCGAAAAGGCUUAUCUGACACAAUCGUCGCAGCUCUACUUGGAGACGUGCUUGCCCUCGCUCGGUGACGUCUUUUGCUUGGCAGAAUCAUACCGUGCCGAAAAGUCGCAUACGCGAAGACAUUUGUCGGAAUACUCUCACUUGGAAGCCGAGAUGGCAUUCCUGAACUUUGAUGAAAUGUUGGAUUGUUUGGAGGAUUUGAUCUGUGACGUGAUUGACCGUAUCAUGGCCCACGAACCUACCCGCAAGCUGAUUGAGCAGCUUAACCCUGGCUUCCAGCCACCUGCUCGCCCCUUCUUGCGCAUGAAGUAUGCCGAUGCUAUCAAGUAUUUGAAGGAGAAUGACAUCAAAAAGGAAGACGGCUCUUUCUACGAAUUCGGCGAAGAUAUCCCUGAAGCUCCUGAGCGCGCCAUGACUGAUAAGAUCAACCGUCCUAUUCUCUUGACCCACUUCCCUGCCGAUAUCAAGGCCUUUUACAUGCAGAAAUGCGCUGACGACCGAGGCAUUACCGAAAGUGUAGAUGUUUUGAUGCCUGGCGUUGGUGAAAUUGUCGGUGGCAGUAUGAGAAUGAACGAUAGAGAGGAGCUGUUGGAGGCAUACAAGAAGGAAGGCAUUGACCCCUCGCCUUACUACUGGUACACUGAUCAGCGCAAGUACGGUACCACUCCCCACGGUGGUUACGGUCUGGGUGUCGAACGUUUCCUCGCCUGGUUGUUGAACCGCUACACUGUCCGCGAAUGCUCGUUGUACCCUCGUUACACUGGCAGAUGCACCCCUUAA